GGCCGUAAACUUUACGCUGGCUCACCUCACUCGAAUAUAAAAACCGUGAAACCCUCAUACCCUGCUUCACAUUUUCCCUUCUAAUUCUCUCUGUCGCACACCCUUCUCUUCGCUUCUACUACUCUCCUCACUACUCUCUCUACUCCUACCAUGUCUUCCGCCGACGCCGAGCACCGAGAAGAAGAGGAGCCCCUCGCCGGAGAUGACGAGGACACCGGGGCCCAGGUCGCUCCGAUCGUCAGGCUCGAGGAGGUCGCCGUCUCCACCGGCGAAGAGAACGAAGAUGCUAUCCUCGAUCUGAAAGCUAAGCUGUACCGAUUCGAUAAGGAUGGGAAUCAGUGGAAGGAGCGAGGCGCCGGGACUGUGAAGCUUCUGAAGCACAAGGAGUCCAGCAAGGUUCGCCUUGUUAUGCGACAGUCUAAAACCCUAAAGAUCUGCGCUAAUCAUCUCGUGCUGCCUAAGAUGACAGUCCAGGAGCACGCCGGGAAUGAGAAGUCGUGUGUGUGGCAUGCCACUGACUUUGCUGAUGGUGAAUUGAAGGAAGAGCUUUUCUGCAUUAGAUUCGCUUCCAUUGAGAAUUUUUCAGAAUGCAGAUCCUGCUAUAAGCCUCUCUCCUACGCUAAUGUUAUAGAUAACAGGUUGUUCAUGGAAAAGUUCCAGGAAGUGGCUGAGUCCCAAGAGCCUGAAGGAGAAAGUGAAGAUGCUAAUGCAGCUGCUGGGCUUCUCGAGACUUUGAAAGUUGAGGAGAAAGAAACCACGGCCGAAAAGAAAGAUGAGGAAGCCGCUCCUGCUGCAGUCAAGGAGGAGGAGAAGGACAUUAAGAGUGAUAAGGCUGCUGAAGAAUCUUUGUCCUCAACUUGAAUAUAGGUGUUUUGUGAUAUCCAUAUAUAUACUUGAGAUCCUGAUGAGGUUAGUUUGGCUGGCUCUUGUUUCGCGUCAAGUCUUGGGAUAAUUCAAGGUGGUGGUGAAGUUGUUGGGUCAUUGUUUAUGGGCUCAACAAUGUGUGUCUUUUCAGAGUCUGGUUUGUUGUCAAGAGUCUCUCCCUAGAGUUUUCCCAUAUUGGGAGUAAGUUGCAGGACAGCAAAAAUUACUUGUUAUUUAUAAACAGAGGUGCUUUUGUUUGGAUAUAAAUUUCUUGAUUUGUUCAUGGUCUUCGGUUAGUUUUAUUGCAAUGAAUCACAUGUUGCAUCUGCCAGAACAAAGUUGUUUUUUCUGGCAGAAGCACUUAAGUUAUAUUUUGUGUUGAACCUCAGGGUGGUGAUGAAGGUCCUGGUUUUCUUGAUAUCCUAAUGUGCUUUUUAUCCCUUGAUAGUUGCCUCAUGUAGGCCUUAGGUGGUUCUUUUAGUUAUGAUGUAGCCUCAAAUUGAGAAAAUGUGGUUCCUGUGGUGGUUGUUUUAGUUAAAACAUUAUACAGCAUGGUUUUUAGAG